UCUGGUCAUUCGGCUGUAAGACACUUGCAUGAACAGUUCAUAUUGUCUUUAGCUCAAAAAUUUGACAGUAACACCGGUAACUAAAACGAACGAACGAAAAAAAACGACAAACAACUUGUCACACCAAUCAAGUGAAACGGUACGAAAAAUCCGAGAGAUAGUUUUCCAUUUCCAAAAAAAAAGAAAAGAAAAUGCCGUGUAUUUUUUUGCGCACCUCGUUUUAGUGUAACAUUCAAGUCGUGUGAUGUGUCGUUUAGUUGUUUGAUAUUGCGGGAAAAAAAGAACUGUCGAAAAUGGAGUGAAAACAUACUUAUAACCACAAUCAUUUUUCGUUUCGUUUUGUUUUUAUUUUCAUUUUUUUUCCGUUUUUGGACAUUGAAUUUUAAUCGAAGCCUAAAAAUGGCCAAGCAAUGUGCCUAUUGUUAAUGAGAAAAGAAAAGCCGAUUUUUUUUUGAAUAGAAAAAUUAUCGAAAAUCGAGCGAAUAAAAUGUCAUUUGUGUCAUCGGAAGUAUUACCAGUACGAGCGACAACAAUCAUCGAUCCCCAUUCAAUUGAAUCGAAAAAUGUGCACGCUGCAUUUCCACUAAUCUCUUCUGCACCACUCGGCCCUGGUCCCAAUGCCAUUUUCUCCGUUGUCCCCAUCACCAGCAACAAUCCCACGGACGACUACGGCCAUUAUGGAAAGCCCAAUACAAUUGCAAUCGUAAGACCAGUACGUAGAAAUGAACCCAACACUGAUACUAUGAUACUGCCAGAGGCAAACGGAGCCAACAAUUUACCGGCUUCAAACCAAUCAACGCCAAAGGUUAAUGUUCCUGCGAAAAAUAAGCGACGAGAAAUCGAUACCUUCACCAAGGAGCUGGACAAUAAGCUUCGUCACUUACAAAAGGAUAAAAAACCUGCUUCAAAAAAUGACACUACCGGAUUACAUGAUCCAUCGAGUCGUCCUCGAUUUUUUACCACUGUUCCGUCCGGCGUCUAUUUGCCACCGUCAAAAGAUCUACCAGCCGCAUCAAAAGUGCGCAAUCCACGUACAUACGCCUACUUUAGUAUUCCGAAAAUAUUUGCCCAAAACAUUAACAAAGGAGACAAAGCGAAUCCCAUCACAGAGAUUCAUGCUCUAAAAACGAUGACCACUUAUGGGAAAGCGAUUAAGCCGAGAGAAUCACAGUCACAUCCACAGAAUAUCAUGUACGAUAAGCGUGUUGUACGUGGGAGCAACUACAGUCACAUCCAUAUGCAAGCGUGGAAUCCAUACUUUGCUUAUGCUGGUCUUCUAUCAGGAAAGGGUGAUAUUGAUGCACUGUCAAAAGAGUCGGAAGCAGAACGACGUCAAUUGCUGCGUAAACGUUACUGUAAUCGAAAUAAAAGAAGUGUGAUUGGAACACCGCCACCGGUGAAAGGUCGACGUCAUGAAAUGAUACAAACCGAACGUUAUCUCGAAGAGUUGCUGGUGAAGCCAUCUGAUUACAGUGUGGAGUGUCAAACGGAUUUGUAUUUGUAUGAUAUACCGGAUGCGCCGUACAUAACGACCAAGGAUGGCAUUGAUGUUGCAACCGAAACCGAUAUCGAUGAAUUGUACAAUUUCGACGAGGAAGUACAACCAAUUUUAGACGCUCUGGUCGAAAUGACAAUGAAACAAGCGCUCAGUGAAUUUAUGCAAGAAGAAGAAAUGGCCGAACUGCAAAGAGACACCGAAACUUAUUUAGCUUUCAAGGAAUCGCAAAACUCCGAAUUGAAAAGACUGGAACAAACCAUGGAUGCGGAUGACACAGAUGAACACAACAACAAUGGUCAAACGAUUGACGAGAUUAAUGCUGCCAAAUUGCUCCAUAACUAUGUUACAACGCUGCUGCCGGACGUACUAAGCACCGUUGAUGCUGACAUUACGAAUAAACACCUGUUAAACACCGAUGAAAAUUUCAAACCAUGGCUAGCGAAAGAGAUUGCAUCCAAAGUUGGCCAAAUGAUUGAUUCACGUGAUUCACUAGAAAAACUGGUCAAAGACAUUGUUGAAAAUCGUGCCGAAAUCUAUUUAAAUCAAGACAAUUAAUCUAACUUACAUUAAAGAAAUGGACAGAAUGAGAGAGAGAGAAAAAACAAGAAGAAACCAAAAUAAAAUCU